AUGGGCUCUAGCAUAAUCCUUCUCCAUCAAGCUGGAACUCGGGGCAUUGUUUCAUCUCAAGCUGUGUUUGUGAGAUUGAAUGAGAGGUUUGAAGUACUGAGGGAAAUAGACUGGGAUGCAUUGAACAAGAAUCAACCUCCAUUGGAACCUGCUGCUGCUAUUUCAGCAAAUUUAGAAUCCAUAGUUUUGAUCGGCGAUUUUGAACUCUAUUCUUUAGGUGCUUAA